AUGUGGCGUAGUCAGGCUAUGGUUGCUAACGGGAGGAGAAGAAGUAGUGGUGCUGAUGACAUCGCGGAGGCUAUUCACCAGAUGGUGGAUGCGAUGCAGACACCGGUAGCAGCGCAGCCUAGAACGUCGAUUGCACUAGUUAGGGUGCCGACCGUGGAGGACUUCUUGUGCCACAAGCCAGCCGAGUUCACUAGCAAAGCCUCUCUUGAUGAAGCGGAAGCAUGGCUCCGCAAGUGUGAAAAGAUAUUCACUGUGUUGAACUACGCGGAUGAGCAGAAACUUCUAUUUGCCACCUACCUUCUGAAUGAUGAUGCUAAGUACUGGUGGGUGGGGAUGCAACAACAGAUGCAGACCCGAGAGGAACAGAUAGAUUGGACCAACUUCAGGACGCGUUUCCUGGAGAAAUACUUCCCAGACACGACUAAAGAAGACAGGGAAGCUGAGUUCCUUGCACUGCAGCAAGGGGAUAUGACAGUGCAGGAAUAUGUGAACAGACAUGAGCUGAAGAGGGUGGUAACACCUUUGAGAGAGAGAAGAUUUCCAGUCUUGGUGGAACAUGCCAAGAGUUCAGAGCACUUGGAGAAGGCCCCUAGUCCCAUUGUGAGUAGACAUCAGAAAAAUGUCGCUGAAGCUAGGCAGAUGAAAAAGCCUUAUAGCCGACCACAGGCAUCCCAAGGUCCAAAUUGCUACCAGUGUGGCGGACUCCAUUUGAAGAGAAAUUGUCCUCAGCUGGCAGGUAGAGUAGGAGGGUCAGGCGACCGUCACAAGUGCUUUAUAUGCGAUAAACCGGGACACUUCGCCAACAAUUGCCUAAAAAAGAAGAAUUUGGGUGUGAAGAAGCCAACAACAUCGCCAACAGAGAGAGCUAUAGCGGCUAACAGGGUCUUUGCUUUGACCUCCACAGAGGCUACUAAAUUAGGUCAAGUGGCUACCAGUUCAGUCUGCGUUGGGUGUUCAAUGGAAGUGGCAAGUCGUAGAUUCAAGGUGAACUUGGUGUGCUUGCCUUUAGAGGGACUGGAUGUAAUCUUGGGGAUGGACUGGCUAUCUAACAAUCACAUUAUAAUUGAUUGUGGACGACGCAGUUUGAAGAUCAAUGUGAUUCCAGUAGUGGAGGAGUAUGCAAAUGUGUUUCCAGAUGAAAUACCAAAGUUGCCACCGAGCAGGGAUGUAGAUUUCACCAUCGAUCUUAUCCCAAGAGCUGGCCCAGUAUCCAUGGCGCCCUAUAGAAUGGCACCAGCGGAGUUGGCUGAGUUGAAGAAGCAAAUAAAAGACUUGCUUGAGAAGAAGUUCACCCGGCCGAGCAUCUUAGUCAAACCGGAGGAUGAGCAGAAGACAACGUUCUGGUCACGCUACGGGCAUUACGAGUAUGUAAUGAUGUCGUUCGGGGUGACAAUUGCUCCUGCUAUUUUCAUGGACUACAUGAACAGAAUAUUCCAACUGUACCUGGAUUAG